AUGUUGUUUCCUGAUUGGGCAUAUAAACCAGCCUGGUCUCCAGGUUCUCGGCAAGUCCAACUGUGGCAUUUCUUAUUGGAGUUAUUAGGGCGGGAUGGGGAUGGAGUUAUCGCUUGGGGUGGUGAGUGGGGAGAGUUUGUAAUUCAAGACCCUGAGCAACUGGCCAAGCUGUGGGGAGAGAGGAAGGGAAAACUGCAUAUGAAUUAUGACAAACUGAGCAGAGCACUGAGAUAUUACUACAAUAAGCAAAUUCUCCAUAAGACCAAAGGAAAGCGAUUCACAUAUAAGUUUAACUUUAGUAAACUGAUCUUGGUGAACUAUCCCAAUAUGCCUAGUUAUCAACAGGUAAUUCCAUCUGAAAGCUCUUUCCCAUAUUCUUGUUUGUCUUCUGAGGAAUCACUGUACAGAACACCUGUGUACAAAGCUCAACCAUCAGUCUCUCACUCUUUGCUGCUCCCUUACUGCUUCCCAAAGUCCUCCUCCUUUUCUCAGGUUGAUCCAAACCAAGGACAGUUUCCUUUCCUUUCUGCUCUGCCCUCUUCAGCAGCAAACCUGUCAGAGCUCUUACGCCUGCCACCAUUUAGCUCGCCCCUGCAAUUUGGCCAAACUUUAACCAGCUGGCAAAAAAAGCGUAGUGCAGAAUGGUGUUUAAAUGUGGCCAGAGUAAUAAGCAAGAAGGAUGACAGUGAUGGACAAGAGGAAAAGGUGUAACUACCAAAAGAGGCAAAUGGUGGCGUGAAUGCUUAAAGCCCCUAUCAGGAAUCACUACAGUGUGUAGACCAGUUAUUGUUUUUAUUGGUUUCAAGCAGUAGAAAACAUCCCACUAAAAUGUAUACUAUGUAAACUUGUAACUAAUUUACUAAUCAUUAACUUGCUUAAAAGUUUCUAUAAGUUUACGUUAACAUUGUAAUUGCAAUGCCCUGUUUCUACUAUUCUUUAAUGAGGUGAUGCUAUUUGUUUCUUAAGUAAUUCAGAGGUUGUGCUUUAGUUUAAUCAAGUACUUUUUGUAGCCCAAAAUCAAUGUAUUUUUGUGUAAACAAAAUCUGCAUGUAGACCCUGGAGAAAAAAAGCAUUUAAAAAAUAAAACACUGAUACUUUGCUCCCAGCUAGAACAAACCAUUUUGCACAAGUGAGUAAUAAAGAAUAAGUAGCAUUUA